GGGGAAGGCGGUGGCGGGGCACCGACAGCGAUCCGGGAGACUCCUUGAAGCCGGCGAGUGGAUGAUGGAUGGCCGAGAUUUCGGGCCCCCCCGCUCGGUACACGGUCCCCCUCCGCUGCUCUCCGGGCUGGCCAUGGAGAGCCACCGCCUGGGAGCCACCGGCCGCCUGGCCCCCGCCGCCGGUCCCAUGGCCGCCGGGCUCCCCGCCGCCCUCCAGCCCGGCAAGUUCCUCGCAUCGGGCAUCAGCCUCCACUCCCACCCGGGCUUUUCCCAUCUGCCUAAUGGGCUCUACCCGUCGUACAUUCCCCUGAGCCACCUCGAGCCCCCCAGCGCUGGCAGUCCUCUCCUGGCCCAGCUGGGUCAGCACAGCCUCUUCGAGUCGCAGAAAGAUGGGUUCUACCUGUCCAGCCACGCGGGCCAGUCUGCUUUGCACCCACAGCCUCCCCUCUCGAGGACCGCAGGCAACCACACGUCGAGCACUUUGCUCCGGGAGAAGGACCUUGGGCAGCUGCACAAGAGCUCGAAAGAAGGCCUUAAAGACCCUGGUGGGAAGGAGCGGGCAUGCCGGAGCGAUCUGUCCCUGCCGUUUGCCAAGAAGGAGGGUAAGCCGAAGGAGGAGCCCCGGCCCCGCAGCGUGGUAGACCUUACGCAGGACACCAAGCCCGACAGCGACCGGAAAGUGAGCGUGGUGGAGAAGGUAGUGAAGGUCGGUGAGCGUCUUUCGCCGUUCCUGGCUGAGCACAUGCCAAAUCGGGGCGCCGGCGGCGGGGAACCCAAGUCCAAGAACCCGCUGCAGAGCUCUUCCCUCAGCAACUGCAACGGCGGCGGGGACCCCAUGCUGAAGGUCCUGGGUGCCGAGCAGGACCGCUGUGCCAAGGAUCCCGCUCGGCACGAUGAGAACAUGAGGCCUUCUGCGCACGCCCACGCUGAGCGGCUGAAGCGGGGGGAGCCCCUCCUGCCCUCCGUGGGCGCUUUGCACGUCUCCUGCAGCUGCCCGUCCCCACACCCCUCGCAGCCGGGGAAGAUGACGCCGGCCACGACAUUCCCUCCGCAGCCCGUCCAUUCCAGCAUGUACACCAUCUUCCCGCCGGCCAAGGAGCUGGGGAGGGAGCACAAAGUCAUCGCCCCCACCUUCGUGCCUUCGGUCGAAGCCUACGAUGAGAGGAGCGGGCCCAUCCAAAUCGCCUCGCAGGCCCGUGACAACAAGGCGAAGGACAAGGACCUCGGGAAGGUGGGGGUGUUGCAGUCGCCCACGGAGCGGUGCCUCGCGGACGCCUCCCGCACGCUCUUGUCCCAGGACUUUUCUUGCCACAGUGAUGCCAAAAGGAUGGAGGCUCUGAGGGAGAAGGGCUCGGUGAUCAGGGCAAACUCCAUGGCGCUGAAGAGACAGGUCACUUCUGAGCCCUUCCUCAACCGGCCAGGGCUGGGCUCUCCAGAGAGCAGGGAGUUCCUGACCUCCAAGGACUUGCUGAAGCCGAGUCCGGAGGCAGAGCAUCGCCCCUGCGAGCGGGACCGCUUCCAGAGAUCCAGCUCCAAAGAAGCGGCGAAGGUCUACGGCACUUUGGACUCCUCCCGGCAGCACCUGGACCAUGGUCAGCUGAAACCGCCUGAGCAGAAGUGGAAACCCUUUGAGAUGGGCAACUUUGCCACCACGCAGAUGGCAGUGCUGGCCGCGCAGCACAACCACGUCACCCGGGCGGAAGAGGAAGCCAAGAAGGUCUACCUUGACCCCAGCGGCUUGCCACGGUCCUCGGUGGUGGGCUCACGGGGUGCUGCGGACGUCCUCCACCCCGCGUCGCAUGGCGAAGGGUCAGCCAUGCAGAGCCUCAUCAAGUACAGCGGCAGCUUUGCCAAGGAGACCGCGUCUCGGCAGAGCUGCGGCAAGAAGAGCCCCUUUGGUGGCUUGGGCAACGUGAAGUUGGACUCUUCGCAGCUGGGCGCCUCCAAAGUGCAGCAGCUGCUGCUGCAGCAGCCAGCGAAGCAGCUGAAGAGGGACCCCGAGAGACCCGAGAGUGCCAAAUCCUUUGGUCGUGAGAGCAUCGGCUCCCAGGGCGAGGUGGAGGUGAGGCACUUGCCCGUUGGCAUCGCCGUGGCUGUGGCCCGGCAGAAGGACAACAGCAGCAGCAGCAGCAGCAGCAAACUGGGACCCAGCUUGGCAGACCGGGAUCGCUCGCUGUCUCUCAGCAGCAUCAAAGGGCAUGGACGCUCAGAAGAUGACUGUGGGGAUGAGAGGAGCCGCCACCGGGACAGCCACCUCCUGGCAGGGCGCUUGGAGCGGGAUCAGGAGAAGCUGCUCAGAGAGAGCAAGGAGCUGGCAGAUUUUGCCCGGAUACACCCCUCCGGCUGUGCCACGAACGGUUUGAACUCCAACCUCAUGGUGACGGGAGGCCCAGCCUUGACAGGCUCCGGGCGCUGGUCUGCAGACCCGGCUUCGCACUUGGCAGCCCACCCCUGGCUCCCCAGGACGGGGAGCCCCUCCAUGUGGCUGGCCGGCCAUCCCUACGGACUUGGUCACCCUUCCCUGCACCAGGGCAUGACUCCAGGCUUCCCCCCUGCCAUGGGGGGAGCUCUCCCUUCUGCCUACCAGUUUGCCAGAGACCCACAGUCGGGACAGCUUGUUGUGAUCCCCAGCGAGCACUUGCCACACUUCGCGGAGCUGAUGGACCGGGCACCUCCACUGUGGCCCGCCAUGUACCCCCCGACCAGGAGCUCCCUCCAGCACGCUCACCAGCUCCAGCUCCUCUCUCAUCAGCAGCUGCUGCGGCAGCACGAGCUGUACAUCCUGCAGCAGCAAGCGGCCCACGCCAUGGAGCUACAGAGGAGUGCCCAGCUCGUGGAGAGGUUGAAGGCGAAUGAGCAGCGUGCGGAUAUGGAAGAGAAGGUGACGAAGCGGAGCCUGGACAGUGCCAAAUCAGGCCUUUCCUCCUCUGCCCCGGGACUGGUGCACCGAAAACCACCCGUGCUGUCUCCCAGCGCCUCCACGUCCUACAGCAAGGCUGUGAGUCCACCUCCCCUCUCUCCCAGGGCCUCACCCGUGUCUGUGCUCAAAGCUGAGGUGAUCCAAAAGAUGGAGGAGCCACCUUCGCAGCCAGCCUACUCCUACCCCGCCACCCCCAGCUCCCAUCCUUCCAGCCCGCCCCCCGCCUCUCCACCCCCUGCCCCUGCCAUCCCUCCAAAGGAAGAGGCACCCGAGACCGUGGAGAAGAAAGACCUGGAGCUGGAAAAAGAGGCUGCCGGUCCAUAUCAGGCCUUGUUCCCAGAGAUCCCCCCGGGAUAUCCAUUCCAGUCCCUGCCUCCCUCCUUUGGAAGACACUAUCCCUACCUCCUCCAGCCCACCGCAGCAUCUGAUGCAGAUGGCCUGGCUCCUGACGUCCCGCUGCCUGCUGAAGGCUCUGAGCACAUGGAGCUUUCCCCAGAGGUCAAGCCCAUCCACCUGUCUCCGUCCAAAAUGCUAGAGCCCAUCCAAGCAGCAGCAGAAGAGGAGUCCUUGGAAGAGAGGGUGAAAUCAGAGGUGCAGAUGGAGGAAAGCCAAGAAAGCAUCUGUGAGCAGGACAUGGGCACUCUGAACAUCACCACCUCUGCAGCCGUCCCAGUGCAGAAUGUGGACAAUUGCAAUCUCUUGCUGCAUCAAGGUGAAGCCCUGGGUGCUAUGGAGCAGGACCAGGAAGACCUCCAGAGCUGCCCACCUCCUUACCAGGUUGUGGCGUGCCCUGCAGAAGCAGAGGCUCAGGCAGAGACCGGGAGCGGAGCAGAAACCUGCUCCAUGCACAUGGACUAUGACGGUUCGCUCGUGCACGCGGAGAACGAGCCGCCUGAGAUGGACUUGACACCCCAGCGGGAGGAGGCCUCCGUAGCCAUGGAUCUGCAGAGUGCCGAUGUGCCCCGGGGGAGGGAGUUUCCCAACCUGCCCCCUGAGGAGGGGGAGCAGGGGCCAGAGAUCCCUUCCUACACGGAAGAGGCAAUCUCUUGUCAAAUCCCAGCUCUGGACAUCAAGCCAGGCGACCCGCUGGCUGGGAUGAACGCUUUGGUAGCUGCCACAGAAAUGCCUCAGGCUUGUUCCUUGUUGACUACCACCAGUGUCACUCCAUCCCAGAUGAAGGUGGAGGUGUUACCUGACCAGGCCUUGGAGCACUCCUUCCUGCAAGGGAUCACUUUGCUGAGUGAAAUUGCAGAGAUGGAGCUGGAGAAACGGAAGCAAGAAAUGCAGACAGGUCCAGAGAGUUUCCCUGUCCGGCCAACACUGGAGAGUUUGCUGGCUGCCAGCACCCACAUGCUCAUGGAAGUACUUUCCACCCCCUUUAUGGAAAGUCUGAAAACCAUCCGGCUGCCUCGAGAACUGAAUCCCAACAAAAAGUACAGCUGGAUGCAGAAGAAAGAUGAACCCAUGUACUCCAUCAAAUCGGCCAUCGAGAACAUGGACGCGAUGGAGCUGGACUACAGGAUGAGGCUGGCGGAGCUGCAGCGGCGGUACAAGGAGAAGCAGCGGGAGCUGGUGAAGCUGCAGCGCCGCAGGGACUCUGAGGAAAAGCAUGACGAGAAAAGUAGAAGCUUGGCGAGAAGAGGCCCUGGAAGGCCCAGGAAGAGGAAACUUGGAUCAAGCGCUCUGUCACCCAUUAAGGAGAGAGGGAAGAGUGACAGCAAGAGUGGAAAACUGAGCAAGUCCUUGCUGCUCUCCGAAGACUCUGAGACUGGCGAGGGCAUGAAGAAGAGGCACAAAGGGGCCCUCCCGGAGGAGGACGAGGAUGUGGAGAGCGGCAGUGGCAAGAUGAAAGGGAGGAACCAGAGCUGGGAAGAGCAUGAUGUGGCUCCCAGCUUCUCAAAUGAGCAGUUAAAGCUCAAAAAGAAGAAGGUGCCAUCGGAUCAGGAGCAGCUGGCCAGCAAGCUUGACAAGGCCCUGUCGCUCACCAAACAAGACAAGCUCAAAUCCCCCUUCAAGUUUGCUGACAGCUCUGGGGGAAAGCCGAAAACUAGUGGAGGUGGCAGCAGGUACCUCCCACCCCACGAGGCUCUGCCGAGCAAGGAGGAGAAGAAGAGCCUGGCCAAGAACCUGGGCCUGUCACUGAAAACCACCAAGGAAGGUAAAAACAAAGUGGCUGCCAAAAUGAAGAAGAUGGAGGUGGGGUUAAAAGUCAAAAAUCAGCUCAAGGUUUCCCAUUCACCAGCAAUAUCUGAAGUUAGCAGCUACUCCUAUAAUACGGACUCAGAGGAGGAGGGAUCCCUGAGGGACGAGUGGCCGGCGCAGCCCCCGUCUGCCCCCAAGCCGCGGCCGCCCGGUCUCUACAGCGCGGCGGCCAGGAAGGGUGGCCGGGCGGCCGGUGGCCCCAAGGCGGCCCCCCGCAGCGCGGCGGCCGGGCGGCCACUGAAGCCAAAGGCGGUGGCGGGCCGGAAGCAGCCAUUCUGCCUGCUGCUGCGGGAGGCCGAGGCGGGAUCUUCCUUCAGCGACUCCUCGGAGGACUCGUUCGAUCAAGAUUCUAGCUCAGAGGAGGAGGAAGAGGAGGAUGAAGAGGAAGAGGAGGAAGCAGAGGACUAUGGGACGGAUGGCACCGACAGGCUUGCAUCGCCUGCCCUUGACGAGAGUGGCCUGGGCCUUCUAGCGAGGUUUGCCGCCAGUGCAAUGCCCAGCCCCAUUGUUCCCCCUCCACUUUCCAUCAUCCAGCUGGAGGCCAAGCAGAAGGCGAAGAAGAAGGAGGAGCGGCAGAGCCUGAUGGGGACAGAGUUUGAAUACACUGACUCGGAGAGUGAGAUCAAGAUCAGGAAGAAGUCGCCUUCAGGGCUGCUUCGGGGAAAAAAGGGGCCACUGGAGGCAAGCAGCAUCCCGCCAAGCCAGGCCCCCAGCAGCCUCGACUCUGGAUCUGGAAGCGCUGACAAGGCCAAGCUUGGGUCUGAGAAAGGCCGCAAGCUGAAGAAAUUCAAGUCCCCCAAGGACUUGAGCUUUGAGUUUGGACUGGAGGCCAGUGACGAUGACCUGUGGAACCGGCGCCGGAGUGAGCGGAUCUUCCUCCACGACGCCACUAUGUCCUCGGCCAUGCUGACCCCCGCGGCGCCUGCCAGCUCCACUCCUGUCUCCAAGCCUGGGCGCUGUGGCAAAGGGGCACCCCUGAGCCCCAAAAAGGAGGGCAGCAAGGGGAAGGAGAGGAAGGAGCUAAGCAAGCAGCGGAAGAAGGGUAAAGAAACACCCUGCUGCUCCUCUUCCUCAUCCAUGUCUCCUCCUGGGAUCCCUAGCUCGCCAUCUGAUGUUCGUGUCACCCUGGCGAAUGCCCUGAGCUCCACCAAGAAGAGCAAAGCCAAGGUGAAAGCCAAGGAGGUGAAAAAAGAGGUUAUUUGUUGCUGGAGGAAGGUGAGAUGGGAUCAGACCGUUGCCUGUUGUCAUCCAGCUGAUGUGCUGCUUGCUCUCCUGCAGAACCGAGGGAAAGGAGGAGCUGUCAGCAAGCUCAUGGAGAGCAUGGCAGCAGAGGAGGAUUUUGAACCCAACCAAGACAGCAGCUUCUCAGAGGAUGAGAACAUCCCACUGAGCAUGCUGGUCGAGCGACCUCCCACACCAGCUCCCCGCUCCUGCAUAAUUGACAAGGAUGAGCUGAAGGAUGGUCUGCGUGUCCUCAUCCCCAUGGAUGACAAGCUGCUCUAUGCCGGGCAUGUCAAGACAGUGCAUUCACCAGACAUAUACCGUGUAGUGGUGGAAGGUGAGAGGGGAAACCGUCCCCACAUUUACUGCCUGGAGCAGCUCUUGCAGGAAGCGAUCAUCGACGUGAAACCACCUUCAGUGCGAUUCCUGCCUGAGGGCACGAGGAUUGCAGCCUACUGGAGCCAGCAGUACCGCUGCCUCUACCCAGGGACAGUUGUCCGAGGAGCCCUGGAUCUGGAGGAAGAUGGUGAUCUCAUCACAGUAGAGUUUGAUGAUGGGGACACAGGACGUAUCCCGCUCUCUCACAUUCGGCUUCUCCCACCUGACUACAAGAUCCAAUGCGCUGAGCCUUCCCCAGCCCUUUUGGUACCCAGCACCAAGCGCCGUAGCCGUAAAUCCAGCAAAGACACUGGAGAAGGAAAAGAGGGAGCUACACUGGGGUCAGAGGAGCCUGUCUCAAAGGGCAAAGGGCGAGGAAGAAAACCAAGUGUCAAGGCGAAAGCUGAAGAGGCUGCCUUGCCAGAAGAGAAGGAUCAGGUUGAGUCUUCACCUGUUACCUCUUCAGUCCCAGAGAAACCAGCUUGCUUGGGCAAGCCAAGCAUGAAGGGGUCGCGAAAAUCGCAACCGCUGCCAACUGGAGGCUCUCCGGCCCCCACAGAGGAAAAGAGGUCCAAAGCCAGCAAAAUGAAGAUCUCCACUAAGCUGCAUAGCCCCCCGCAACCCGCUUACCAGCCUGCUGUGUUCGGCAGCAUCCUUGGCACGGAACCUUACAGCGACCUCCCAGGGACGCUGGCGGCCUUCGGCUCUAGCGAUGCUUCGGCGUCAAAAACCAAGGCCAAGAAAGGGCGGCCCACAGAAGAGACACAGGAGUUUGGUACCAUGGUCAAGGCUCAGAGGAAGCAUGACAACGAAAUCCUGAUCAAGCUGGACCAUGAGGGCGUGAUGUCUCCAAAGACAAAGAAGAUGAAGGAGGCAAUGAGGAUGCUGGAGGACUCGAACCUGGCCAGUCGCAGAGACGGCAAGAGUCUCUUGGGGCUGGGCUAUCCCCCUGCAGUGGGUGCGGAGGGCAAGCAGAAAUCUUCCCGAGCCAAAGCAGCUGAGGGAGACCCUUCCCCUGCCAGCUUCGGAGGAAAGUUCGAUGGCUCAGCAGAGAGCCUCACUGCUUCGAAGGACCAGGAAGAAAAGGCAGCAGCUCCAGCAGCCGUGGAGGAGUCUGAGAGCAACAGCAGCGACAGCAGCUCGGAGUCAGAGGGAGAAGAGGAGGCUGAGAAGAACCGAGGGGAGGCCCAGGACAGCAGCUCAGCCAGCUCGAGAGCAUCCACCCCUCUGUCUUCCUCCAAUUCCUCCUCCUCUUCCUCUUCUAGCAGCAGCUCGUCUUCAUCCUCCUCUUCCUCUUCUUCCUCGGCCUCAUCAACCUCUUCUUCAUCGAGCUCCAGCUCUUCUUCCUCCUCCACUACGGAUGAAGACUCCUCCUGUAGCUCUGAUGACGAAGUAGCUGAGGCCCAGCCAAGUUCCUCGGUGCAGCAAACCCUCCCACCCAAGCAAACCAAACAGGCAGGGAAAUCCCGCGCGUCUUCCCACCCCCAGAGCCAGAAACAGCCGGCGCAGCAGCCGGUGCAACAGCCGGCACCGCAGCAGAGCGGCAACAAGAGCAGGCCCAAAAAGCGUGAGGGCAUCCACCUGCCCACCACCAAGGAGCUGGCCAAGCGCCAGCGGCUGCCGUCAGUGGAGAACAGGCCCAAGAUUGCUGCUUUCCUCCCUGCACGGCAGCUGUGGAAGUGGUUUGGGAAACCCACGCAGAGACGAGGAAUGAAAGGGAAGGCCAGGAAGCUCUUCUACAAGGCCAUUGUCCGGGGCAAGGAGAUAAUCCGCAUUGGAGACUGUGCAGUCUUCCUCUCAGCUGGCCGCCCCAACCUGCCCUACAUUGGCCGGAUCCAGAGCAUGUGGGAGUCAUGGGGGAACAACAUGGUGGUCCGAGUCAAAUGGUUUUAUCACCCAGAAGAAACCAACCCUGGGAAGAAACUCAACGAAGGCAAGCGCUGGGAUCAGAAAUCGGGCAGGAGUCUGUCCACAGCUUUGCAGGCAUCCAACCAGAGGAAGGACUUUAUGGAGCGAGCCCUCUACCAGUCCUCUCACGUGGAUGAAAACGAUGUCCAGACCAUCUCACACAAGUGUCUUGUUGUUGGUCUGGAUCAAUAUGAGCAGAUGCUAAAGACGAAGAAAUAUCAAGACAGUGAGGACCUCUACUACCUUGCAGGGACCUACGAGCCCACUACGGGCAUGAUCUUCAACACCGACGGGGUCCCUGUCAUCUGCUGACCGCCCAGGGGACAUGUGCCACCCCCUGGGAAGGGACGGGACAAACCUGAGGACGUGCCUGUUCAGACGACAUGAUUGUUUCUUUCAAUGCUCAUGACUUCUGUGUCACACUACAGACAGGAGAGCGCGAGAGACACGAGGAGGAAGGAGAGGGCUGAAGAAAGGGGUUGGGGAAGCAGUUACAGGACUUGAGGAAGAUGCCGUUGGGGGGUGGUGGUGGUGGUGCUUGAACCCCAAGGCUCUUCUGGAAGUGGCUUUAAGUAAGGUGACACUGACCAACUUCUCCCUUCCUCCUUUUGGUCCAGGAAAGCACAUGGGUCUCGUGAUCAUUUCACCAGCGGGACCCCCCCGGCAGGAGGGAUCCCUUUUGUGUCAUUUGCCCCCAUCAGUAACUCGGCAGCCGCAUGUACGUGGAAGGACAGCCGCUAGCCUUCUGCGUACGCUCCUCUCCGUCCUUAUAUUCCCUUUCCUGCUUAGUUUCGCAUGACCCUUUAGGAAGGACAGGGUGAAAGAGAAAGGAGAUGAGUCUCUCUCAGCGCCUCGUCUCGAUCCUCUCAGCGCCUUUUUGCGGUUCCCUUUCCCUGGAGGCCCCCGGCCAGCAGCGUAGAGCACGAAGGGGCAGAGCUGGCCCCAGCACGGAGAUGGCAGCAGAAGUCCUCUGGGCUGGGAGGAGCCGGGUGGAAGACGAGCCAACAUCCAGUCUGGGAUACUGCCUCGAACAAACAGUCUGAACCCACUUUCCCUGUUGCUCUGUGUCCCUUCUGCCCUGGAAAGGUGCCGGGGGGAGCAAGCGCAUGGCGAUGGGGUGACACUUGGCGAACAAAGAACUCGUCUUGGAGUGUGCAGUGAAGGGGGGCAGGAAACGACUGGGAAAAGCUGCUGCUCGGUGCUUGGAGCAGAGGAGACCACAGGCCAUUGGAUUUCGGCAUCCCUCACCUGGCUUUACCCCCCAUGCCUUGCCUGAGCAGAGACGUGGAGCUGCUGGAAAGCCCUUGACCAUCAUUUGAAGGGAAUGGGGAUAGAGUGUGAAGCCCGGCCAUGCCCACCUGCGGCGUUUCCACAGCCAGAGCCCCACUGCCACCUUGGGCUCAGGGAGGGGACCGUUCAGCUUGCUCCAUCCAGCCGGCCAAACUCCCCAUGGCUCCCGGAGAGCCGCCACCAUUGCCUCCUCACUCCCUCUGCGGAGCUGACCCACUGUCUCGUGGGCACACGCCGGAGCCGUGGCAUCACCGCUGCCACACCAGGGAUGCACCUGGCCGGAGGGGACGCCGGAGGAGAACCACGCAAUGAUGCAACAUCCUUGCACUUAAAACAAAAAAAAACCUCCAAGAGACGCACUGAUCUUUGCAACUACCGACUCGCACUACAGAUUGCUAGGACACGGAGCGGGGCCCGGCUCGGCCGGGAGUGACGGCCCAGGCUCUGGUGGGGAGACGCUUAAGACAAGGACAGAUUGGAAACUAUCCGCCCUGGUACCGGCUGCGUACCAGAGACUGGAGGCCGGGGCUCAGGGGAGAGGGACGCCCCUGCAAAGUUACUCCUCGUCCUUUAAAUGAACCACAUGGUGCUGAGCUCGUACCAUCUCCAACCCAGGCCACCGGUGCCUCGGCGCAGCGGAUAGUGACGGUUCUAGCCUGUACAGUUUUAAUGUACCAAAAGACUCUUUAGCCCUCCUGUAUUAUAAGUCUUUAAAUGGAUUCAACUUUUUAAUUAUAAAUAUAAAUAUAAAUAUAUAUAUAUAAAUAUAAACUUUUUAAAACUGUGAAAAAAAUUAUGAAAUUAUAAAAAAAAGAAAAAAAACAACGACAGAAAUGAACACAGUCUGACGUUUAGAAUAUUAUUUUUUAUUUCCUGUUGGAUUGUGAUUGUAAAUGAUCUGGGAACAGGCACACCCCCCACGCUCAAAGUGUACUGUACUUCUAGAAGCAAAUUGUGUGAGCAUAUUUUAAAGAGCGAGAGAGAGAGCGCGCGAGAGAGAUUUUAUGCUAAUGUUAAAUAGAAAGCACUUAAAACCCACUGCCUUCUAUGGAACACAAGGAUAUUUCAGACAAUCGAGAGGAAAGGAGAGCCAGGUUUUUGUCUUUUUUUUUUUGUUUUGUUUUGUUUAUGUUUUGUUUAAAAAUUUUUUUGGCAUUCUGUUUGUUGGAGAACUCCGUGUGAUCUUUUUUCAUAAAAAAAAAAAAAAAUUAAUUGAAAAAAAGCAAA